AUGGAAUUGCACGAUGCCUCGAACGUCGUGACGUGCGGAGCAUUCUCCCUCACUUUAGUCGAUGUAGCUCGGUUUUGGUUCAAACAGUUGAAACUAAAGUUCAUUAGCUCAUUUACAGAGCUCAGCGAUGCUUUCCUCACCAAUUUCAUCAGUGGGAAGAAAAAGUUGAAGUCACCUGCGCACCUGAACAACAUAGUUCAAAAGGAGGGAGAGCUGCUAAAGGAUUAUACCAAGUGCUUUAACUUCGAGUCGCUCCAAGUCCGGAAACAUUCGGACGAGACAACUCUAAAUUCGAUCAUGCAAGGUGUCAGAGAUAAGUCGUUUAUUGCAUCCUUAGAUAAAAAUUCGUUUACUACUCUGGCAGAAUUCAUGGCCCGGUCGGAUAAAUAUGCAGAUGCUGAAGAAACUUGGAUCAUGCGUGAAGCCGCCCAAAAAGCACAAGCCCCGGCUAAAGAGUCAGCAAAAAAGGAAGUUGACUCAGCUAGUGGAAAGAAGCGUAAAAAUGAUCGGACCCGUGAUGAGUGUAGGUCGAGUAAGCGACCUGACCUCAAAUUUUCAACAAACAGCCCGCUCAAUAAACCACAGGAGCAGGUAUUGAUGGAAAUCAAAGGUGAAUGGUUUGUCAAGUGGCCAGAAAGACUUCGAAGCAAUCCAAACCGAUGGAGUAAGAAUAAAUAUUGCCAUUAUCAUCGCGAUCAUGGGUACAAUACGAGUAACUACUAUCACUUGAAAGAAGAAAUCAAGAGGCUCAUCCAAGAAGGCCGUCUCAAAGAACAUGUCGAGAGAACCAGGAUGAUGGAAGAACGUUUAGGUGACAACCGACCCAUAGAAGAAAUUCGAACUAUUGUCGGUGGUCACCGAGGCGGGGGCGACUCAAACAAUGCUUGA